AUGGAGAGCAUGCUUUCGAGAUCGAUUGAAUGCUGCAGCACACAACUGCGGUGUCGCGCAUUGUUGAUUUUGUUCUUUACUUUAUCUCGUCGCGAUUCUAGCAAAAUUAAAUCGGCACUGAAUAAACCAUGGAAGACAUUAACGAAUACGACAGUUUUCUAGCUAUUCACAAACCGCAGCUGCAAGCUUCGGGUGUACCUGGGCACUUCUGGCCGGAGCUGUUCCGUAAGUUAAAGCAGCAGGACUUCGAUGCCGGCAACAGUUUUUCGCUACUGCUGGUGGAUUACGGCGAAGAUCAACGUUCAGAGGGGGAUCCGAUAUGGACAGUUGCCGCGACGAAGGAGGGAGGCAUCAAGGUUAGUGAUCCUACCCAGAUAUACCUGGUCGAUCACGCGUGGACCUUUCGAACGGACAACGCUAGACAGCUGCUGAAUGAGCAUCCUCCGUUGGUGAAUCGGUUGGCUAUAAUGAUGGGAAUCGAUCAGGAUGAUUUGCCAAGUUCGGUGAUUAUUUCCCGAAUUUUGAACGAUGUGUGGAAAUGGUGCAAUAUGUACUCGUUGAAUGGAGAGGGUUUGUCCGUCGAGAAUCGGAUGCCGAUUUGGUAUGUAAUGGACGAACUCGGAAGUGGGAUUCUGCAUGGUGACACCCCCAACUGUCGUGUAGUGCCUUUUAUACACAUUUCCGAUCAAAUGACCUACAGCUUGCUGUUCCCCAUCGAGGAUAUCGAUGAAGGUGACCAAUUGUAUCGGGAUUUCGUUGAUGGUGUUCCGAGUGAGACGAAGGAGCGCGAUGCGCUCCUACUUCCAUGGCGAUAUACUUCGUUCACCAACGAAAGCUUCACCCAAAAAGAAGCUCCCAAGGAAUACUUUCUCUCGGGCCACAUUGAAGAGUCUCUACCGAAUCCAGACGUUGCUCCACCUUUGUUCGAUGGGAAUAGCGCAUCAAAGGUAUAUUCCGAUUAUGAAAUGGUUACCCAAUAUCUGACCGAUCCUGGUUUCGAGAUCGUUGGUAACCCUGAAGAUGCGGAUAUUUUGUGGCUCACCACCCACUUCAAACAAUACAAGGAAUUCAGCGAAUCGACGCCCAACAAAUAUAUCAACCAAUUUCCGUUCGAAAACGUAAUUACGAUAAAGGACCUUCUCAGCAUUGUUUGCCGACGGGUAGCGGAAAAAAGUGGACAGCUGGAUCCGCUCGAACCAAACCCAAAGUGGUUACCUGUGACUUACAAUCUGAAAACGGAACUAAUUGAGUUUGUCAGUUAUUAUCAAAAUCGCGCCCACAAAGGUCUGGACAAUCAUUACAUCAUUAAACCGUGGAAUUUGGCGCGCGGUCUGGACACCUACAUCACGAAGAGUUUAACUCAAAUUAUGCGUCUUCAGCAGACUGGUCCGAAAAUCGUCCAGAAAUACAUCGAACGUCCGGUACUGUUCGAGCGACCAGAGGUCGAAGGACGGGUUAAAUUCGACAUUCGUUACGUUAUGUUGCUGAAGAGCGUCGAUGAACUGUCCGCCUAUGUAUACACGAACUUCUUCCUGCGCUUCGCAAAUAAACCCUUCGAGUUGAGCGAUUUUGAUGACUACGAGAAGCAUUUCACCGUGAUGAACUAUUCCCAGUUUCAGCUGCGUCACAUGAAAUGCGAGGAAUUUCUGGACCAGUGGAAGGUGCAAUUUCCGAACCAACCCUGGGAGGACAUCGAGAAUGAUAUCUGCACGAUGUUGAAGGAGGUGCUGGAGGGAGCCACCAAGCUGGGGCCACCGUGUGGAAUUGGCGCAAGCGUCCAAUCGCGGGCUCUCUAUGCGGUGGACUUGAUGCUGGAGUGGACCGAUGGUGGACGCACGGCGAUUCAGCCGAAGGUGUUGGAAGUUAAUUUCACACCCGACUGCAAGCGAGCCUGCGAGUACUAUCCGGACUUUUACAACGAUAUUUUUAAUCUUUUGUUCCUGGAUCAGGAAAAUGCGGAGGUUUUCCGGAAGAUUGUCUGAUGCGUGUACAGGAAGGGACGAGAAAAUAAAUAUUUCGGCACCCAAAAAAUGCUGUAUGCUGUCU